CGGCCCGCGGGUGUCUGAGGGCGGCAGCCGCUGGUGACCUGAGUCCGCUUCUCCCCGCGCCGCCCCAGCGCCCUCAGCGCUCCCGGCCCGCGGGUGUCUGAGGGCGGCAGCCGCUGGUGACCUGAGCCCGCUUCUCCCCGCGCCGCCCCAGCGCCCUCAGCGCUCCCGGCCCGCGCCCCGCACGGCCAGACCCACGGCCCGGCCCGCCCCGCCCGCGCCGGGAAACGCGGCCCGCGGCUCUGGGCUGUACCACCGUGCCGCAGGGGGAACUCGCAGGGCGGCAGAUCGGAGGGCGUGGUUCCUCAGCUCCCGACGGCACCGCCCGGCACCGCCCGCUGCCCCGCUGGCGGAAGGUCGCUGCUUGUCCCUCCCGGGCGGUGGCGGAACGCGGGCUCCGGGAAGGGCCGGGGCUGGGAGUCGCCGCCCUUCCUCCGUAUCCGGGUGGUUGCUCCCGGGCGCAGCCGGAGCCGGUGCCAGGCGAAGAUGGCGUACCCCGGGCAGCCGGCGCCCGGCGGGUUCUACCAGGGCGGGUAUGGAGGAGCUCCAGGAGGACCUGCAGCAUUCCCUGGACAAGCUCAGGAUCCUUUGUACGGUUACUUUGCUGCAGUAGGAGGGCAGGAUGGACAAAUAGAUGCUGAUGAGCUACAGAGAUGUCUCACCCAGUCAGGGAUUGCGGGAGCAUAUAAACCUUUCAACUUAGAGACUUGCAGACUUAUGAUCUCAAUGCUGGAUAGGGAUAUGUCUGGCACCCUGGGAUUUAAUGAGUUUAAAGAACUCUGGGCUGUGGUCAAUGGCUGGAAGCAACACUUUGUAAGUUUUGACAGUGAUGGAAGUGGCACAGUGGAUCGUCAGGAACUGGAGAAAGCCUUGAUGACUAUGGGAUUUAGACUGAGCCCACAGGCUGUGACUGCGAUCACAAAGCGCUACAGCACUCAAGGAAAGAUUGCAUUUGAUGAUUACAUUGCCUGCUGUGUGAAACUCCGAGCUCUCACUGAAUGCUUUAGAAGAAGGGAUACAACUCAGCAGGGUUUUGUGAACUUCCACUAUGAUGAUUUCAUACAAUGUGUUAUGAGCAUCUAAAUCAAAAGGAAGCAAGACAUGGAUGAUCAUGAUUUAACAUUCCAGUAUGUGUUUUGCUUUGCCAAGUCCUCCAAUGUAUCUCAGUAUUGGAAAUUGCAUAUUUUAUGAAGGUGUUGCUUUACACAGAUUUUUUAGUCUUGAUAAUGGAUAUAAACUACUCAUGUACUGUUGUCUUUAACUUCCAGUCUGUGAUUAUUAAAGAUGCUUUUAUUUUCAUAAACUUGCAGUUCACUAUGGAUAACUCAGAUCAUGUAAAUGGUAAGAUUUUCAGUCAUGUGUCUACUUUUUUUCCCAUGAUUCACUAAAAUCAGUUUCUGGAGUGCAACUUACCUUUUUAUGACUUAAACAGUAACAUGUAUGAUUUAAGAGGAUACAUAUUUUCUUGUCCUUGACAA